AUGGGUGAGGCCCGGGCGUGCGCGGAGGUGCUGCCCUCCCCACUAGAUAUCAAUGCGUUGGUCGGCAACGGCUUCGGACCUGUCCUGGCGGGCUUCAAUGGGGUGUCGGAUCAAUCGGUGGGACAAGCGGUGGCCGCGGAAACCUGCGGAGAAGCCGACGGCGGCCUGGUGGAGAAGGAGACAAAGAUUGACCUGGAUGCGGCGGUGCGCGCCGUGGACCUGGCCCUAGCGGGCCUUGAUCUGGGCUCCAAGCGCCAACAGGCAGGGCCAUUGCCCGGCCAGAACGACCAGAAAUGGGGCCUGCAGAACGCGCUGUGGCGAGGGGCGGCUCCGCCCCAGAAGUUUCAGGGUUUCAGGGCUUCUCCGGUGCCUCGCCGCAGCAGGGUCCCGGGUGGGGCGGAGGAGGAGGUGGACCGAAACCUCCGGCUGCAGAUUCAGCGGGGGUUCCAGGAACCGCGCUUCCGGCAGCCGCAAGGGUCGCCCCCCGCGGCCAACAACCGCGGCGCCUUGCGCCUCCUGAGCCCUGCCAGCGGCGUCGGCAGACUGGCCCACGCCUACACUGCACCGGCAUUUGUCCCUGGCAGUGCCUGCUUCGGCAGUGAGGGGGACGUCGGCCUCGGCGGCGUGAACACGCUUGGAGGGCAGUCACCCAUUCAGGGCGGGCCUUGGGGCGGGCUGGGGGCUUGUUCGCCUUCUCCUCAGCGGGCCUACGCCGAGUACCUGCGGGCAUUGCUGUCGCAAAAUAGACGAGUUGACUCAUACGACGGCAAGGCCUCUGGUGCCAGUACCAGCCCAGAAUUUGGUGCGGGGUCUGGGAUUCUGAGCGGCCUUCCACCCUACAGGGCAGACAGCUGCCCCGAGCUGCUGUCAGCAUCCCCUCCGUAUACUUUGGCAGCCAACGUUGAGCGGUCUGCAGCGAGCUUCAGCGCCACUGGCUGUGGGCUGAUGGGCCUCAACCACAACUCUGAAAUAGCCUUUCACAACCUGCCGGAGUCACUGGACACUUUCGACAGCGAUGGCAUCAAACAGCCCGAGAUUCUGCCAGAUGUGGCACCCCUUGGCAAGGCUGCGGAUCCCAAGACGAAGUCCGAGCAGGCGAUGCUGGUGGCCAUAACAGGCAUUCUCAAGUGUGCAGUCGAAGGGUACUUGGCGCAUAAAGAUGUGCUUUCAGACCUUAACUUCUUGAUUGUCACUGUGCGGCGCCACCUGGCAGACUACCAGGUGCUUUCCAAUGAAGCUGCUGAAACGCUGCAGCUGAUAUGCAGCACGCUGCCAACAGCAUGCAAUUGUGCACGAUUCAGCAGAGAUGUGGUGGACUCUCUGAAGCGCUUCAUGCAGGUCAUCUCCACUGGCCAUCCACUGCUGCAGCCACAAGGCAGGUGCCUGAACAGCUACAAUCCUGCAGCAGUUGUUGAGCCAAGGCUGCACAGUGAGGUUCAGCACCUGCUGAGGCGGAUCCAUCGAAAAUUGACUGGUGGGACAACGAGCAAUGGGGUGCAACAUGUUGCUCAUGCGCUGUACGAUGCUGUGGGCGACAAGAGCAGCUCAAAGAGCACAGGCACUGGGGUGGAUGACGACAGCCAUGUGAGCUCGCCCAGGUCGUUUAGCCACAGCCUCCUGGCUUCUCGAAGCACCAUUGCUGGCGCUCAGUCCCCAGUGUUCAGUGAUGGGGAUGCCAGCUCCACAACCACAGGUGAAUUCAGUGAUUGGGGCUGGAUGUGA